AUGACAAUUUUAUGUUCACGUCGUCACAUUUUUAGUACUAUCAAGAAUUAUAAGUGUCAAACAUAUAAUCUUGAACAAGAUAUAGUCUUGCAUGAAGAAAGAAUUCAGUAUCUUGAGGAGAAGUUAGCAAAUACAAUCGAACUUUCUAUACAAGAAAGAACGGAGUUGAAAAAAGAGAUUAGAGAUUUAAAAAAGAUUGUUUACAAGCUUAAAAAAGAAAUCAAGCAAAAAGACAAGGAACUUAUUGCUAGGGAAAACCAACUAGCAGAAUUUGAUGCAUUAGCAAAACAGAAAUCUUCCUAUAAUGAGGCAUUAGCAAAACAGAAAUCUUUCUAUAAUAAGGCAUUAGCAAAACAGAAAUCUGAUUCUGAUGCUGAGAUAGAAAAAUUAAGAAAGGAAGUUCAAUCCCAAAAAGCAUAG